UUGGAAAGUCAGUAGGAAGUUUCUGCUGGGGUCCGGAUUGGAACUACAUAGUCAGAUCCUCCCUGUAUGACCGGACUCUAAAAGAACAAAGGGGCCCAAAGAGUCUACAUGUCUAAUAUUUAGACAUGUUCAGCUUUGUGGAUUCUCGGUUACUGCUGUUGAUAGCAGCGACUGUACUACUCACCAAAGGUCAAGGAGAAGAAGACAUUCAAACUGGAAGCUGCAUACAGGAUGGACUAGCGUACAACAACACAGACGUAUGGAAACCCGAGCCCUGCCAGAUCUGCGUAUGCGACAAUGGCAACAUCCUGUGUGACGAUGUCAUCUGCGAUGAUACCUCGGACUGUACCAAUGCUGAGAUCCCCUUUGGAGAAUGCUGUCCCAUCUGUCCUGACACCGCUGGCUCUUCUGCCUACCCAAAAUCCACUGGAGUAGAGGGUCCUAAGGGAGACACUGGCCCCAGAGGACAGAGGGGACUCCCAGGCCCACCUGGCAGAGAUGGCAUUCCCGGACAGCCUGGUCUCCCUGGACUCCCAGGACCUCCAGGCCCUCCUGGCCUUGGCGGAAACUUUGCUCCUCAAAUGGCUUACGGUUACGGAGAUGAAACCAAAUCUGCUGGCAUUUCUGUCCCUGGCCCCAUGGGUCCAGCUGGCCCCCGUGGUCUCCCCGGCCCCCCUGGUUCUCCUGGUCCUCAAGGUUUCCAAGGUCCUCCUGGAGAGCCUGGAGAGCCUGGUGCUUCAGGUCCAAUGGGUCCCCGUGGUCCAGCCGGCCCCCCUGGCAAAAACGGAGAUGAUGGUGAAGCUGGAAAGCCCGGCCGUCCCGGUGAGCGCGGCCCUCCUGGCCCCCAGGGUGCACGUGGUCUGCCCGGAACUGCUGGCCUGCCAGGCAUGAAGGGUCACAGAGGUUUCAGCGGUCUGGAUGGUGCUAAGGGUGAUGCUGGUCCAUCUGGCCCCAAGGGUGAGCCUGGUAGCCCUGGUGAGAACGGAGCUCCUGGACAAAUGGGCCCUCGUGGUCUUCCCGGUGAGAGAGGCCGCCCUGGUCCAUCUGGCCCUGCUGGUGCUCGUGGUAACGAUGGUAGUCCUGGUGCUGCUGGCCCUCCAGGUCCAACUGGCCCAGCUGGCCCCCCUGGCUUCCCUGGUGCUGCUGGUGCUAAGGGUGAAACUGGUCCUCAAGGUUCUCGUGGUAGUGAAGGCCCACAGGGUACUCGUGGUGAGCCUGGUCCUCCUGGCCCUGCUGGCGCUGCUGGUCCUGCUGGCAACCCUGGUUCUGAUGGUCAAGCUGGUGCCAAAGGUGCAACUGGUGCUCCUGGUAUUGCUGGUGCUCCUGGCUUCCCUGGUGCUCGUGGCCCAUCUGGACCCCAGGGUCCCAGCGGUGCUCCUGGCCCCAAGGGUAACAGUGGUGAACCCGGUGCUCAAGGCAACAAGGGAGACACUGGUGCAAAAGGAGAACCUGGUCCUGCUGGUGUCCAAGGCCCACCUGGUCCAGCUGGUGAAGAAGGCAAGAGAGGAGCCCGUGGUGAGCCCGGCCCUGGCGGUCUUCCUGGCCCUGCUGGCGAACGUGGUGCUCCUGGAAGCCGUGGUUUCCCUGGCGCUGAUGGCAUUUCUGGUCCCAAGGGUCCCCCUGGUGAACGUGGUUCCCCUGGCCCUGCUGGUCCCAAAGGAUCUACUGGUGAAUCUGGACGCCCUGGUGAGCCUGGUCUCCCUGGUGCCAAGGGUCUUACUGGAAGCCCAGGUAGCCCAGGUCCUGAUGGCAAGACUGGUCCACCUGGCCCUGCUGGUCAAGAUGGUCGCCCAGGACCCCCAGGCCCACCUGGUGCCAGAGGUCAGGCUGGUGUGAUGGGUUUCCCUGGACCUAAAGGUGCUGCUGGUGAGCCUGGCAAACCUGGUGAGAGAGGAGCUCCUGGACCCCCUGGUGCUGUUGGCGCAGCUGGUAAGGAUGGUGAAGCUGGUGCUCAAGGUUCUCCUGGCGCUGCUGGUCCUGCUGGAGAGAGAGGUGAACAAGGUCCUGCUGGUGCUCCUGGAUUCCAGGGUCUGCCCGGUCCUGCUGGCCCAUCUGGUGAAUCUGGCAAGCCUGGUGAACAGGGUGUUCCUGGAGAUGCUGGUGCUCCUGGUCCAGCUGGUGCAAGAGGCGAGAGAGGUUUCCCUGGUGAGCGUGGUGUCCAAGGUCAACCAGGUCCACAGGGUCCACGUGGUGCUAAUGGUGCUCCCGGUAACGAUGGUGCUAAGGGUGAUGCUGGUGCUCCCGGUGCUCCUGGUGGCCAAGGUCCUCCCGGUCUGCAGGGUAUGCCUGGUGAGCGUGGUGCUGCUGGUCUGCCUGGUUCCAAGGGUGACAGAGGCGAUCCUGGUCCCAAAGGCACUGAUGGUGCUCCUGGCAAAGAUGGCGUGAGAGGUCUGACUGGCCCUAUUGGUUCUCCUGGCCCAGCUGGUGCCCCUGGUGACAAGGGUGAAGCUGGUCCUUCUGGCCCUGCUGGUCCCACUGGUUCUCGUGGUGCCCCUGGAGAUCGUGGUGAGCCUGGUCCACCUGGCCCUGCUGGAUUCGCUGGUCCCCCUGGUGCUGAUGGACAACCUGGUGCUAAAGGUGAAUCUGGUGAUGCUGGUGCUAAAGGUGAUGCUGGUCCUCCAGGCCCUGCUGGACCCACUGGUGCUCCUGGACCUUCUGGCGCUGUUGGUGCUCCUGGACCCAAAGGUGCUCGUGGUAGUGCUGGACCCCCUGGUGCUACUGGUUUCCCUGGUGCUGCUGGAAGAGUUGGUCCACCUGGCCCUGCUGGUAACGUCGGUCUCCCUGGCCCAUCAGGCCCCAGUGGAAAAGAAGGCUCUAAAGGACCCCGUGGUGAGACUGGCCCUGCUGGACGCCCCGGUGAACCUGGACCUGCUGGCCCACCAGGACCUUCUGGCGAGAAGGGCUCUCCUGGUGGUGAUGGUCCCGCUGGUGCUCCUGGUACUCCAGGCCCACAGGGUAUUGCUGGACAGCGUGGUGUAGUUGGUCUUCCUGGACAGAGAGGCGAGAGAGGUUUCCCUGGUCUCCCCGGCCCAUCUGGCGAACCUGGCAAACAAGGUCCAUCUGGCUCCUCUGGUGAACGCGGUCCUCCUGGCCCAAUGGGACCACCUGGCUUGGCUGGACCUCCUGGUGAAGCUGGACGUGAGGGUGCUCCUGGUUCUGAAGGUGCUCCUGGUCGCGAUGGCGCUGCUGGUCCCAAGGGUGACCGUGGUGAGACUGGCCCCUCUGGUCCUCCUGGUGCUCCCGGUGCCCCUGGAGCUCCUGGCCCUAUUGGCCCUGCUGGCAAGAAUGGAGAUCGUGGUGAGACUGGUCCUUCUGGUCCCGCUGGCCCUGCUGGUCCUGCUGGUGCUCGUGGUCCUGCUGGUCCACAAGGUGCCCGUGGUGACAAAGGUGAAACUGGAGAACAUGGUGACAGAGGCAUGAAGGGUCACAGAGGAUUCCCUGGUCCCCAGGGUCCCUCUGGUCCUGCUGGCUCUCCUGGUGAACAAGGUCCUUCUGGAGCUUCCGGCCCUGCUGGUCCAAGAGGUCCUCCUGGCUCUGCUGGCACCCCUGGCAAAGAUGGUCUGAAUGGUCUCCCUGGCCCUAUUGGUCCACCUGGUCCCCGGGGUCGCACUGGUGAUGUUGGUCCUGCUGGUCCCCCUGGACCUCCUGGGCCCCCAGGUCCUCCUGGUGCACCCAGCGGUGGCUUUGACUUCAGCUUCAUGCCCCAGCCUCCUCAGGAGAAAGCCCACGAUCCUGGCCGCUACUACAGAGCUGAUGACGCCAACGUGAUGCGUGACCGUGACCUGGAGGUGGACACCACCCUCAAGAGCCUGAGCCAGCAGAUCGAGAACAUCCGCAGCCCCGAGGGCACCAGGAAGAACCCUGCCCGCACCUGCCGUGACCUGAAGAUGUGCCACAACGACUGGAAGAGUGGCGAGUACUGGAUUGACCCCAACCAGGGCUGCAAUCUGGAUGCCAUCAAGGUCUACUGUAACAUGGAGACUGGAGAGACUUGCGUCCACCCAACCCAGGCCACCAUCGCUCAGAAGAACUGGUACAUGAGCAAGAACCCCAAGGAGAAGAAACACAUCUGGUUUGGCGAGACAAUGAGCGAUGGCUUCCAGUUCGAAUAUGGUGGGGAGGGCUCCAACCCAGCUGACGUUGCCAUCCAACUGACCUUCCUGCGCCUGAUGUCCACUGAGGCCUCCCAGAACAUCACCUACCACUGCAAGAACAGCGUGGCUUACAUGGACCAGGAGACUGGCAACCUGAAGAAGGCUCUGCUCCUUCAGGGCUCCAACGAGAUCGAGAUCAGAGCAGAAGGCAACAGCCGCUUCACCUAUGGAGUCACUGAGGAUGGCUGCACAACUCACACCGGUGCCUGGGGCAAGACAGUCAUUGAAUACAAAACAACAAAAACCUCUCGCCUGCCCGUCAUUGACGUGGCUCCCAUGGACGUUGGAGCACAAGAUCAGGAAUUCGGAAUUGACAUCGGACCUGUCUGCUUCUUGUAAACCGGAAAUAAAACCCAACCAUAAAGAAAAUAAAAAACAGCCAAAAAAGGAGAAAAUUUCACAUGGACUUGAAUUCGUGUUUUUUUCUAUCCAUCAUCUCUAAAACUAUUUUCGUUUCCGUAAAAAAAAAAAAAAAGCAUUAAACCAAAAAAAUAAAAAUAAAUGACUUUUCAAAAAAAAAUAAGGAAGUGGGUCCACUUGCUUGACAUUUCUUUUUUUUUAAUUCCUGAAGACAGCUUGGGGUUGGUCUGGUUAUUUUAUUUUUUAAUAAUGCUAUCUCGGGACCACUAUUUGCACAAAAGAAAAACCCCUACAAAAUGCAAUUGACCCUACUAAAACACCAAAGUCACAACAACCUGCUUUGAAGUCUGUGGCAACAAGAGCAAGGCUAAACUUUUUUAACGUGGUUUAGAACCUGCAUUCCCCACUCCACUCCCUUCCCUUCCAAAGCAAAGAUCUCUCCGUAUAACCUGGAGUUGGAGAAAAUUACCAAAAUUAACUUACAGCCGACCUUUCUCUGCUCUAGUAUAUAUAUAUAUAUAUUUUUAUACCACUGAAAGGAAGACUCUUACAAUCAUGUGUAAUGUACCUUUUUUUUCCUUCUUUCAUUUGUUCAGGCAGCAAAAGAAAUAAAUGUGAGAACAGCUUCAAAUGCAGUUGGUUGUAAUUGUUUCCCUGAGCAAAACCGUUAGGAUGGAAAACAGCCAGGAUUUUUCAUUCAUGUGUUGACCUUUUAAAAACUAAAAACUUUUGAGCAGAAUAGCUGGGAGAUCAUAUCGGCUUAGAAAACGGCAAUGUUUUGUUGGUGAACAGUGAAGGAAAAAAAAUAACAACACCCGAAGCAGAGAAAAUGUUAUGUUAAAUGUAUAUUAUUGUUGUAUGGAAGGCUACCUCACCACUGUGUUUUUCAAGUAGUUUUAGGUUCAUUUGGUUUUUUACUGACACCAGGUUGUGGAGUGGGGGGCAUUUGAAUGCCAGGUUUAGUUCAAAGGUGCUAACUUUGUCUCUUUAUUUUUUUUAGCUUGCUUUGUUAAUAUUUUUCAAUUCUAGGUCCCUUUUUUGUUGGAGGUUAAAACUCUGCAAAAGCCAAUGCAGGAAAAGGUGACAGUAGGGACCGUUUGGUGCUAUAGCAAUAGGACUGUUGUAGAGAAAGAAACUCCAUUCUUUUGCUGCCCAGGCUCAACUUGUGAAUUUCUUUAAAGGUGCUAUUUUUGAAAAGUCCUACAAACGAGGACGCAUAGUCACGCAAACUAGAUCCAAAGAGCCUCAACAGGGAACCAAAGUGUGUGCAAUCCUGUCUUUCCAGAGUUAAGCAGGUGGAUUCCAUUUCUGCUUUCCAUCUCACAGUCAUUCAUCCCUCUCACUCAUCUGUGUGUCCCCUCUGCUGCUCUCUCUUCUCUUCCGUCCCUCCUGCGCACACUGCUCCAAAGCCCUCUCACUCUUCUGCCGGCCUCUGCAGCUUCUCUGUCCUUCCUCAUUCUCUUCUCUUCCCAUUCUUCCAACUCUCUCUGUGGGUUUCAAAGCAACCCCCGUGCAAAACCAUUCCUAGCAAGAGGCAGAUGUUCCAGGGAGUGCGAACGACCAAGGAUUCUGUACCUAUUUUGUAUAUGUAUAAUAAUUUGAGAUGUUUUUAAUUAUUUUGACUGCUGAAAUAAAGCAUGUGAAAUGAUCCAAACAAA